AUGAGCAAAUAUGGUCAAUUCUGCCUCUCAUUACUAACCAAAUGCAAAACCCUUGAUUCGUUCAAGCAAAUUCACGCCCAAGUCUUUACAAAUGGCCUCCACGCUGACCGCUUUGUCGCCGGAAAACUCAUCCUCCACUGCUCUAUAAACCUCUCCGGCGCCGCCCUGAACUACGGUUUCUGCAUUUUGAACAAAACUCCGAACCCAGAUGUAUUUAUGUGGAAUACCCUUAUUCGUGGACUGGCCGAAUCAGAUACGCCGGAAACGUCACUCCAUAUGUUCAUUCACAUGCUUCGGAACUCGAACUUUCUCCCUGAUAGUUUCUCUUUCGCUUUUACUCUAAAAGGAGCUGCGAAUUUGAAGUGUUUGAAGAGUGGAUCCCAGCUUCAUUGUCAAGCUUUCUUACGCGGCUUUAGUUCCCAUAUUUUUGUUGGGACUACUUUGGUCAGUUUGUAUGCGGAAUGUGGAUUGGUUUUUAUGUCCAAGGCUGUGUUUGAUGAAAUGCCUGAACCAAAUGUAGUGGCUUGGAAUGCUCUGCUGACGGCUUAUAUUAGGUGUAAUGAUGUAAUGGGUGCCGAAAGACUGUUUUAUUUGAUGCCUUUUCGGGACUUGACAACGAUGAAUUUAAUGCUUGCAGGGUAUACGAAGUCGGGUAAACUUGAUCUUGCCAAGAAGCUGUUCUCGGGUAUGCUAGUCAAAGACGAUGUUUCUUGGAGUACUAUGAUUUUUGGGUUAUCUCAUGCUGGUAAUUACGUGGAGUCAUUUAGGUGUUUCAGGGAGUUACUGAGGUUGGGGCUGACACCUAAUCAAGUUAGCUUAUCUCAGGUUCUAUCUACCUGUGCACACACUGGUGACUUUGAGUUUGGGAAAGUUUUGCACUCAUUGAUAGAGAAGCUGGGGUUGGCUUGGAUUCCUUCUGUGAACAAUGCACUCCUGGACGCUUAUUCUAAGUGCGGAAAUCUGGAAAUGGCGUAUUUGGUCUUUGAGAGAAUGCCAAUGAAGAAAAAUAUUGUUUCUUGGACUUCAAUCAUCACAGGGCUUGCAAUUCAUGGUUAUGACGAGGAAGCCAUUAGAAUGUUUAAUGCGAUGAAGGGAUCUGGUGUUAGACCUGACGAGAUCGCUUUUGUUUCUAUCCUUGAUGCAUGUAGUCACGCUGGCCUUAUUGAACAAGGGGAGAAAAUCUUCUCUAUGAUGUCAAACUAUUUUGGAGUUGAUCCAACUAUUGAACAUUAUGGCUGUAUGGUAGAUUUAUAUGGAAGAUCUGGUCAGUUGCGGAAAGCUUAUGAUUUUGUAGUUCAAAUGCCAAUUCCUGCAACAGCUGUAAUUUGGCGGAUAAUUCUAGGGGCUUGCAGCCUUUUUGGAAAUGUUGAAAUUGCUGAACGUGCGAAUGAGAGGCUUGCUAAACUGGAUCCUGCUAAUUCCGGUGACUGUGUUUUACUUUCAAAUGUCUAUGCUCAUGCCGGAGAGCAAAAGCAUGUCGUCUCUUUACGGCAAUCAAUGGUGGAGCAGAAUAUCAGAAAAACUCCAGGUUGGAGCAUGAUUUAGAUAUAUGGAGAACUAAGAAUGUGACCAGAGAUUUGCAAUUUGUGACAAUAACAACACUUCUUCCUUCUUACCAUUUUAUCUAUUUCAUGAAAAUUUCCUCCCAAGAGUAUAUAUAGCAAUUAUUAUAAUAGUGUCUCUAAUUUAAACCCAGGCACCUCGGAAGGACGAACCACACACAAUGAAAAGCUUUGAGCGGUCUUCUUCCUCUCUGAUGGUUUAGAUCACAGUGUCAUGUCUUCGUGAUAUGAUUAGUCAAAGAUCUCAUUAGUUAUAUUAUUUCAGAUUUUAUGAUAUUUAGAUUUUAACUAAUCCUGAUGUAUCCCUAUAAAUAGAGCCCAUAUAAUGUAAUGUAGUAUACAAC